CAUAACCUACUUGAAAUGAUUAAAUAUUAACUAUGAAUAGUAUUCUUCUGUUACGUUCAUUAAAAACUAUUCAACUUUCUAAAACAUGUACAUCACUCAAGAAGUGUUUUAUUAAAAGGUUCACUCAGUAUUACAAUGUUGCGUGUCAUAAUUUUCAACGAAGUCAAAAAGUACACACAAGUGUUACCGAAGUGGAAACUUCUAAUGAAAUUGAAAGAAAAGCCAGUGAUUUAAAACAUUUCAGAGAUUUAUCAAAAAAUGGACCAUCACUUAAAGAUUUUUUAGCACCUAAAACUGAAAUUUCUACUGAUUAUUCUAUUGAUGUACCAAAUAUUCCUUAUAUAAAUGAUAUUAAUGGUUCUAAUCAAAAAGUCUACUUUGAAGUUUAUGGUUGUCAGAUGAAUGUAAAUGACACCGAAGUAGUAUGGUCUAUCCUAAAAUCUCAUGGUUACGAAAAAGUAGAUCGCAUAGAAAAAGCUAAUAUAAUUCUGCUUGUUACAUGUGCUAUUAGAGAUAAUGCAGAACAGAAAAUAUGGAACAAAUUAGAUAGUUUAAGGUAUUUAAAGAAAAGAAAAAAAAGGUCUUCUGUGAAAAUUGGGUUGUUAGGAUGUAUGGCAGAACGUUUAAAGAAUAAAAUAAUAGAAAGGGACAAAUUUGUUGAUGUGAUAGCUGGACCAGACAGUUAUAAGGAUUUGCCAAGACUAUUAUCUGUACCAGAUAAUGAAACUGCUAUUAAUGUUGUUUUGUCAUUUGAUGAGACAUAUGCAGAUAUUACACCAGUGAGAUUGAAUCCAAAUUCUACCAGUGCAUUUGUCUCAAUAAUGCGUGGUUGUGAUAAUAUGUGUACAUAUUGCAUUGUACCAUUUACAAGAGGAAGGGAAAGAUCGCGACCGAUUGAUAGUAUAGUCAAAGAAGUUCAAUUUUUGUCCGAUGAUGGUGUAAAAGAAAUAGUACUUCUUGGACAGAAUGUAAACAGUUACAGAGAUACGUCCCAAUCUGAAUUUUAUGUUAGUUAUAAUACGGGAACACAUCUAGCAAAAGGUUUCAAAACAGUUUAUAAGGAUAAAAAAGGGGGACGUCGAUUUUGUGAUUUGUUAGAUGAAGUUUCACGUAUCAAUCCAGAGAUAAGGAUUAGAUUUACAUCGCCGCAUCCCAAAGAUUUUCCAGACGAAGUUUUACAACUGAUAGCGGAGAGACCAAAUAUUUGUAAAGAAAUUCAUUUACCUGCACAAAGUGGUAAUUCCGUAGUUUUGGAAAGAAUGAGAAGAGGAUAUACACGAGAGUCGUAUAUAGAUUUGGUGCAUCGUAUACGCGAAAUUAUCCCAAAUAUUUAUCUUUCUAGCGAUUUUAUUACUGGAUUUUGUGGAGAAACAGAAGAAGAAUUUCAAGAUACAUUAUCAUUAAUGGAAUUAGUAAAAUAUAAUCGAGCUUUUCUUUUUAGUUACAGUAUGCGGGAGAAAACGACAGCACAUCGUCGUUACAAGGAUGACGUAGCACCGAGUGUGAAACAAAAUCGACUCGAAAGAAUGAUUUCAACGUAUAGAACCGAAGCAGAAAAAUUGAAUAAAUUACAGAUUGGACAAUUACAGCUUGUGCUUGUAGAUGAGCUCAGCAAGCGGUCAAAUGAAGGUUUUCAAGCAAAAAACGAUGGAAACACGCGAGUAGUAAUUUCUUCCAAGAUUAUACCUACUGAGAAAUAUUCAAACGAGAAAAGAUCAAUAAAAAUUGGUGAUUACGUUGUCGUAAAAAUUCAAGAUGCUAAUUCGCAUACAUUAACGGGUAUACCUUUGUAUCAUUCAUCGAUAGCAGAAUUUGCAUCUUCAUCGGCGUUGUAAAUAAAAGUAGAAUAUGACUUUCGGAAAUUUCAUUUGUUAUUUAA